CAGUGAUCAUUUCGUCAUUUCUGAAAAAUAGUACUAAGUCACGGAAGCAAGUAAAAAGUUCAGUCUUAUACGAUUGGCGUCUUAUGACCGGACUUUUUCUUAGAAGGGUGCGGUGGCCCAAAAUAUUUUAAAGGUGGCUCCAGUGACAUUUCUUUGGAAUGGUGGCAAAUUCAGAGCCAUUCCUGUGAAGGUUAAGAUUUACAGAAUUCUACGAUCCUCUCGUCUCUCACCUCCCCAGGGGUUAUGUGAUUUGGUCAAUUUCGUGAGGCACUUCAUGUUGUUGCUGCUGUUGUAACUGGUACAUGGUGAUGAGUUUAUACAUCAGUCUCCUGUGAGUUAACUUGUUGUGAGUCGGUUCUGGACCAAUCCGUCUAUUCCUGGCGCCCUGCUAAGAUCACAUUUCCCGACGAGCACAGCUGAGCACUGGGUGCUGAGGGAAAGACGGCAUGGGAGGAGGUCAUUCCGCACCCCAAUGCGACAACAACGGACAAAGCGACACAGCCACUCCAACACCUACGCCCUACUUCUGGGAGCGCACCAACAUACAGUAUUUGCUCCUGGCCUUUUUUGCUGGGGUCGCACUGACGCUGCUCCUGUUGGCCUUUAUCUUCUUCAUCGUAUGGAGCUACAGGAAAUGUCACUCUAGUCCCUGGGCCUUGGAUCCUCCCUUAGAUCCUCACUCCAGCCAGGAUCCUCAGGCCAAGCUUUCAUCCCCGGAGGAAGCACUCACCUAUGCCAGCAUGACUUUCAAUGCCUCAGAAGGAAAGAGCCAUCACGUGACUGAGAAGGUCAUCUACUCUCAGAUCAAAGUGACAAACUCACCGGACCUUCCCAGUGAGGCUUGACACCAGUCUCUCUCAUCUCGGCUCCCUCUUUAUACGUCACUUUCCCUUUGGACAAAUUGGGGACCACAGCCUGGCCAAGCUACAGUUGAGAGUCAUUUUGGGUGUGAUCUGGCAAUGUUAGAAGCAUCCAGCAUGUUUGAAGACCAAGGGCCCAUCCUCCCAUUGGCCUGAGAAAAGAUUGCUGGCCCUGCCGCGUGGACUGGCAGCCUGACGGCCCCUCGAGGGCUGAGACUGCCUCCUUUGUCCCCUUCUGAAGCCUGUGGUAGGACGGAGCUCAGGGCACAAAGGGUGUUCUGCUCACUCGGUGCCGCUGAUCAGUUUGGGUGAAGCUAACCAGCUGGGCGAGUUAGCAAGGAUUACAAAUAAAGGCAAACCCCCUGCAAAGCUGUC